AUGAGCGCUGGUAUCCAGACCGUCGUCCGUGACGGUCGACGGAUGUCUCGGCAACCCACUGGCAAUGCGAUGUUGAACUCCACCGCCCUUCAGGGUGCAAACAUGGCUUUCAAUGCCCGCUCACCAAAUCGCGAAACUUCUCUAAGUGCUCAGAGCUCAAGAGACGUAUUACGCAACCCUACCAAAUCCGAUCCGUCUCGUUCUCCACGACGUGCAAAUGAAUCCGAACCCGACCCCGUAUCGGAGAUGCCGGAGGCUGGUCUUGUCAUGGAUAGGAUAAAAGUCUUCUCUGGAAGUACCGUGUCGCGACUCAGUCGGAAUAGAGCCGGCGCUGAUGCCCCUGGAUCUGAUACCCCUCAGAUGCAAGCUGCGCAAAUGGCAGCUUUGAGAUCAUCGGCUCSAACACCGCAGGCUGUUCCUGCUUAUCCAUCGGUCUCUCCAGUUAGAAGAGCAAUGACUGGUAGCACCGCUUCCAGAAAAAAAGCUAUCUCGCCGGCACCGAAGCCCGACUUUUUGUCGGUCCAAAAUUCCAGAUCCGUCCAUGCACCAGUCCCUAUCCGCAGAAGUUCGAUUGUCGCGCGGCCCCUGGCGGGUAGCUUGGAGGAAGAAAGAGCAAGUUCAACCAGUGGACGUCUACAAUCUGGGAGAACAGAGUUACCGGGUAUUCCGGCAAAGGACCGAGGCCCUAAUGCAGACGAGGCCAUUCUCUCACCGAUCGAAGGAGAUCCGACACUUCAACCCAAAACAACUAAAUCUAAACCACAACCGCCUGCUACCAAACCUAAGCUGACACAGCCAGCAAGCAAUAACAGAUAUUUGCAACCUGAACCUUCCACAAAACCUCCGCGUCUAGGUGAUGAUGCUCAAGCAAAGAAGUCGCAGACUUCUGGAAACAGGAAUACAGCAAGUCGCGAAACGAACCAGUCAGAGACUACCAGUAUAAGCCGUUCACGUGCUCAUUCAGUGGCUGAUGAAGUGGCAAGCUCCAGUAGCCACUACACUACGCCCGGCCGUCAAAACACUGGAAAUGCAAAUGGACAGUCGGGUAUGACGAAGGAAGCCUUAGCGGAUGCGAUAAUUGCUUCUUCAUUAGCUUCAUCGCGUGCACCGUCGCCGUACAGUGCACUUCCACCGCUGCCUCCACCACGCCGAUCGCGAUCGCGCUCAAUUCUGCAUCCUGGAGAUAUAUUAAAGAAGGACCAUCGCACGACGCCCAGUCCUCCUAAGGGGCUACGACAAACUUUAAGGGAUCCUCCUAAACCCGAAGUUGAGGACAAUAAAAGUCCAGGUCGACGCCAUCUGAUAAGACACCAUCCUCAUAAGCACCAUGAAGGUGAUCGCAAGCGAUGGCGUCAAGAAGUUACCGAAGCAGCCCGCAAACGAUAUGAAGGGGUGUGGGCUGCAAAUAAGGGGCUGUGGGUCCCCCCAGAGAGUGUAAUUCACCGAAUCUUUCCCAAUGUUGCACACACUCUGGUUUCGGCGGAUCUGGUAGUGCACCUUGUAGUGCGCGAUAUAUGGUCGCGCAGUCGCUUACCAGCUCACACUCUGGAGUUGAUAUGGAACCUAGUCGACCGCUCAGAGAUCGGCAUGCUAUCACGCGAAGAGUUUGUGGUUGGUCUAUGGCUGAUCGACGAGACUCUUAGAGGACACAAGAUCCCUGUCAAGGUACCAGACAGCGUCUGGGAUUCCGUCCGCCAUCUACCGGGAAUAAAAAUCCCUCAAGAAUUCGGAGGCAGCCGAUAA